AGCGCCGUCCAAACGGAGUGCAAGUGAGGGUGCGCCGUCCAAUAGGAAUGCAAGUGAGGUAGCGUCUGCCGUGCGUGUACACAUCGAGGCCUGGAGAGCACGGAGUGCCUGUGAGAAACUCAGGGAGGAGCGGGACUCGGUGUCGUUGCCAGGCAGUCGGUGUUGGAGUGCGGAAGUAUGGCCACCGGGGAGGUCAUGUCCAGUGGGGACCGUGAGUUUGAGAGUGUUGAGCUAGGGGAUGUAAGGAAGAAGAAGAAAAUUCCACGUAGAAUUAUCCACUUUGCCAGUGGAGAAACCAUGGAAGAGUACAGUACAGAUGAGGAAGAAGAAUUACAAGAGAAGAAGGAUCUUUUACCAACCCGUGAUCCAUCAAAGUUAACCUGGGGUCCGUAUCUCUGGUUUUACAUGCUGAGAGUAGCAACAUCAACACUUUCAGUUUGCGACUUUCUAGGAGAGAGAAUUGCCUCAGUGUUAGGAGUCAGUACACCCAAGUACCAGUAUGCAAUUGAUGAAUACUACAGAAUGCAGAAAGAGGUGGAAGAAGAGGAGGAAGAGAACGAAAUGUCAGAGCGGGCUGAGAAACAAUUCCAAGAGCAGCGCAGCCAGCAGCCGAGCGAAAGCAAUGCUCAGACACAGCAGCCAGAGGCCGCCGCCUCUUUUGUGAACAUUAGUUUUGUGAUGGAAGGAGAGGAUUCGGUGAAUCUUGCACAGAAGCAGGAACUGUCUGCUGUUCCUACUUAAUAGGAAGGGGAUAGAAACUGGGAAUACUAACAGGAAAGCUUCACCUACCAAAAUCAUCAUGGUGCCUUUCUAAUAUGACUUGAGUCCCAUUUUGUACCACAGUACUGUGUAAUAACAUAUUAAAUUCACUAGUAGAAAAUGGAUAAAUGGGGGGAGGGGGUUCAUAUGUUACUGAAUGGUCAUAUCUCUUGGGCAUUUAGUGGCAUCCAGUAAUUACAGACAGCAGAACUUUGAAAAUCCUGUUAUAUUGCUAUAGUUAAAAAUUGAUAAAAUUAGAAGCCUCUUAAUUUGUAAAGACAAUUUCAUCAUACAUGGAUGGAGAUGUAUAUGCAGUUUUUUUAUUUUUUUAACAGUAAAGAUAUAUAUGCAGUUUUAAUGUCCAUCCAAACAUAUUUCCUAAAAAAAAAAAGUCCUCCUCAAGGCUAUAAUAUGCAGAUUGGAAAAAAUAUAUCUCCUUUACAUGGAUCAAUUCGAUACUGUGAACCAUUACAGAGAAUCAUAAAAGAGCAUAAAUGGAAGACCCUUGUAUUUCAGAUGUUGCACCAAACCGGAGAACAUAGGACAUCGGGAGGGACAUCCAGAGGUGUAGGUAAUACCCUACACAUGGGAAUACCUGCAGUAACCACCACUCGGCCCCAGCAUGCUAUAAUUCUCUAUGAUGGAUCAAUUCCUUAUAUCCAUAUGCAAACCAUGUAAGGAAAUACUCUUCCCAUCGGCAUCCUGAGAAGUGAACGUUGUGUUGCAAGAAACACAUUGAUGGACGUGGCAUAAAUAAUUCAUAUGUAGAUAUAAUAGUAUACUGAACACCAUUCGCUGUAAAUGGAUGGUUACAAAAAAUGGUCAAACCUUUAUUUUGGCUAUACAUCUUUAUGGGUCAUAACUACAUUUAGUAACGGAGUAAAAUAUAUUCCUGCGCUACUUUGGAGAUAAUGAUAAAAAAAACACUGCAAGCACCCAAAGGGUCAAACCAUACCCGAAGGGAAAUAAAAGAAAAUAUAUAAAAAAGUGAUGUACAUUUAGUAAUGUAUUCCUAUGAUCCAGAAUCAACUGAUGACAGUCUGGCUGGCUCUGCCUUUCAACUCAUGGCUGAGAGCUGGAGCGAGUGUGUCAGAGUGAUGGUCACUGUUCUCCAUUGCGAGCAGAUCAAGAACUGACUGAUCAGCGGUCAGGUGAAUGCUCAGAUCUACGUCUUGAGCUGGCCAUACAGUAGUAGAAUUAAUUUUCUUAAA